AGACUACUGAUUCUUGGUUGAAGUCCACACCAAGCUCUCUCUUACCUUCUUCUAUUGUCUUUCAAAAUCCUUGGUGGGUUGCAGGCAAAGCUGGAGAAGAGUGAGUGUAAGACAUAGACAGAGACAACCAUGUCUUCCCCUCUUCUGCUUGCAGUGCUGCUGCUAGUUGGCAUCUGUUCUCCAGCCACAGGGAAAGUUUAUGGGCGAUGUGAGCUGGCAAAGAUACUGAAGGCAUCAGGAAUGAGUGGAUACAGAGGAGUCCAGCUGGCUGACUGGGUCUGUCUAGCAAAAUGGGAGUCAGAUUACAACACCAAUGCAGAAAACCACAACACAGAUGACUCCACAGAUUAUGGCAUCUUCCAGAUUAACAGUCGCUGGUGGUGUAGAGACGGAAGAAUCCGAUCUGCAGAUGGAUGCGGGAUCCCAUGCAGCCGUCUGCUGAAUAGUGACAUCGCUGAUGACAUUGCAUGUGCUAAAAGAGUGGUGAGAGACCCCAAUGGAAUCAGCGCCUGGGUGGCCUGGAGAAACCAUUGCAGAGGACGGGACCUCAGCAGCUACAUAGCAGGGUGUGGCGUAUGAGUGACCGAUUGGCAUUCAAGAAGACACUAUGGUGGACCAGGACUAAACACCUCUCAGUGUUUCCCUAUUGCUUUUGAUUUUCUCUUCUUUCCUAAUAAUACAAAUGUGUAGAGAUUAAGCUUUGGGACUAGAAACACUCUUAACAUUAAAGGUUCCAGAGUGGUUCUUCAGAACAAUUGCAUAGGUUAACCAUUUUUGGAUCCCAAAAGCCCCAUGAAGUUUCUAGAAAGAACGUUUAUUAAUGUAGAUCCAUAACAGGCUCCAUACAGUAAAUAACCAUGAAUAGAUGGUAACAGAUUUUUUUAAAAUAAUGAGAGACCCUGAUUUCUAAAGGACUUUUGCUGUAUAAAAUACCGCAAUCUAAGUCCAAGUUUUCUUACUCUGUUAGUGCCCUGCUAGGUAGCCUACCAUACAUUAAAGAUUUCAGAUUUUUUUUUCACAUAUUUGAAGUUUUUAAAGCACCUUCUAAGAAUGAAAUGAACCACCCAACUCAGUAAAGAACCUUAAAGUGCCUUUAAAGAAGUUUUAAGAGUGAAGCGCAGGGACAGUGGGUUCAAAUUCCCUCUGCUGGUAGUAGUCAUGUGUUUCUGUGGGAUGCUUU